GCAGAAUUGAGUUGGCAAAUUUUAGCAGACCAUGGAUUAUUUUCGCAAAUAUUUAGGCACUACCCCCGGUGCUGGGCAGCCCAGUGGUGCUGAUACGGUGGAGAAGUUAAAUGAUCGUGUUCAAUCAUCAACUCUGUUGGAUGACAGGAGGGAUGCUGUCAGGGCGCUCAAAUCACUUUCAAAGAAAUAUCGCUUGGAGGUUGGCACACAGUCUAUGGAGACCCUGAUCCAAGUGUUACAGACAGACCGUGCUGAUCCUGAAAUCAUGGGCUAUGCUCUCGAUACCUUGUGCAAUGUGAUGUCAAAUGAAAUGUUCCCUGAAGACGGAGAAGAGAGCAUUCCAGAGCACUACCCUGAGGACCUUGGUGGCCAGUUCACAGAAAUAUUCAUAAAGAACAUGGAUAACACACAUCUACUUUUGUCUUUGCUGGAGGAAUAUGAUUUCCACAUUCGGUGGCCCACUGUCAAACUCCUGAUCAUCCUGCUGACCAACCGCAGUAAGGAUCUCCAAGAAGCCAUCCUGGUCAGCCCGAUGGGUGUCUCGAAAAUGAUGGACCUCCUCUCAGAUAGCAGAGAAAUCAUUAGAAAUGAUGGCUUGCUACUACUGAAUCACCUUACCAAGGGUAAUGCCAACAUUCAGAAGAUUGUGGCAUUUGAAAAUGCUUUUGAGAGACUCCUCGAUAUCAUCAGCAUGGAGGACAAUAGCGACGGAGGUAUUGUGGUGGAAGACUGUCUGCUCCUACUUCUAAAUCUGCUGAAAAACAACUCAUCCAACCAGACAUUCUUCAAAGAAGGCAGCUUCAUUCAUAAGUUGACACCUUUCUUUGAGCUUCAACCAGUUGAGCAGAGUCCACAAGGUGGUUGGUCUGCGCAGAAAGUAACCAAUUUACACCUGAUGCUUCAGGUUGUCCGCACACUUGUCGCUCCCAGCAAUCCCCAUCAACAAACUGUUAUCUGCCAAAAUGUCAUGAAUAAAUGCCGUCUGCUACACCAACUGUGCUCCAUCCUCAUGGCAAGUGGUGUCCCUGCCGACGUCCUCACCGAGACCAUCAACACUGUCUCCGAGGUCAUCCGAGGCAAUUCAUCAAAUCAAGAAUACUUCGCUUCUGUGAUGGCCCCAUCAACUCCACCCAGGCCAGCUAUUGUUGUGUUGUUGAUGUCCAUGGUGAAUGAAAAACAACCAUUUGUCCUACGGUGUGCUGUCCUCUAUUGUUUUCAAUCAUUCCUCUUCAAAAAUGAGCUCGGCCAGUCGCAGAUUGUGCAGACGCUGCUGCCGUCUACAGCAGAUGUGAACACCAUAUCAGCUGGUCAGCUCCUGUGCGGCGGCCUCUUCAGCCCUGAUCCAUUGUCCAACUGGUGUGCAGCAGUAGCCCUUCUGCAUGCCAUACUGGAGAACUCAAAAGAGAAGGAGCAGCUCCUGAGAGUGCAGUUAGCUACAAGUAUUGGCAAUCCUCCCGUCUCACUCUUACAACAGUGUAUGAACCUGCUGGCUCAGGGUCCUAGAUUCCAGACGAGAGUGGGCUUGUUGAUGCUGUUGUCGAUAUGGACGGCUGGAUGUCCUGCAGCAACCACACACUUCCUGACCAACAUGGCCAAUGUACCUUUUCUAAUUUCCCAGAUCUCGGCCUCAGAUGGUGACGAACAGGAGAUGCUGGUCCAGGGCCUCUGUGCAUUCUUACUCGGGAUUGCUGUGCAUUACAACAAUGAUGACGUGGAGGGAUACACAAAAGACUCCCUCCGUCAGGUCAUAGAGAAACGAAUCGGGCUAGAGAUGUUCACAGACAAACUCGGCCAAGUGCCAAAGUUUGAAGGUUACACGAAGGCGGCAAAACGACCUAAUGUCCAUUACAAACAAUCCAAUGAAGUUAUAUUUGAUUACGAGUUCACACGGAUAUUCAAAUAUUUAGAAAAUGACAUUUUAAAAUCCGUCUCGUCAAUCCAGGAUGAGUCGCCGGUGAAAAACACAAACUUUGAAGCGCACGAUAACAUUGUAUUGCAGUACAAGUCACUUAUAAGAGAUCAGGAUGUUGAGCUGUGCAAAGUGAGAGGAGAGGUGAACAUAUUGCGAUCACAAUAUGACACGGCACAGAAGAAGAUUGAUGAGAUGUCAGAACAGGUCCAGCAGUUGAAAGACCAGAACUCUUUACUAAAAGUCAGGUCUGGUGGGACACAGAGCCAGGUGGAGAUAACCAAGGAAGCAGGAGAGGAAAUUGCCAAACUAAAAACAGAAUUAGAAGAUAAAAAUAAACUGGUGACAGAAAAUAAUGCAACGGUAGAAAAGUUGAAAGAGGAGUUGACAAUAGCGGCCGCCCAAGCCUUGGCCAACUCCAGCAGUGAUGGGUCACAGCCCGAGCCAAACGAAAGUGCAAUGUUACAGGCAACCAUUCAUCGGUUGCAGUCAGAUUUAGGAGAGGUCAAUGCAAAGUUAAAGCUGAGAGAAGAAGAAGUGAAUCAGCUGAAUACGAAAUUAGCAGAGACCAACAAGUCUUUGACUGAAGAGGGUGCUGCUACCCCAGAGAGAGCCACUGGCAGUGAUGGAGAGGCAGCUGCAGCCAGAGUAGCUGAGUUGGAAUCUAGGCUUUCCUCACUAGAAGAAAGCAAUAAGACCACUACUUCAGAGAGGGAUAGCUUACAAGUGCAACUGCAGAAGUCAACGCAAGAAAGUAACGCCAUUAGAGAAACACUGAAAAAAUCUGAAAAGAGUCAGUCAAGUUUUUCAGAAGAGAAAAAACAGAUUGAAGAGGAUCGAGAUACGCUGAAAAAGGAGCAGGAAGAUUUAUUGGUGCUGUUGGCUGAUCAGGAUCUCAAGAUGAAGUCGUACAGGAGCAAAUUAAAGGAACUCGGUCACAAGUUUGAUGAUGAUGACGAUGACGACGAUGAGGAGGAUGAUGAUAUCGAUGUUGAUCUGGAGGAUGAACUAGAGGAGGACUAGACAAAAGAACAUUGUUAUGGAUAACUAGAUUAUCAUCUGCGGCUGAUGAAAAUCUUGAUUGUAUUCAAUAUCUUUGCAUAGCAGGACAUUGAUCUCAAAGUGGAUGAACAGAUAUUUUGAACAUCAGGCACAAGGUUUUCAUCAGGCUGCAGGAUGUCGUUAUGUAUAUUCACAAUCAUGUUGAAUAUGUGUGGACUUAGUGCUAUGCAAGAGUAUGUGUACAGAUUUUGUGUAACAUAUAUAGAUGGGAGGGGUGGGGGCCAUUUGGCUGUUGUGGCGUGUACACCUGGUAAGAUCACUAAUGGCCAGAGUUUUCUUCCUUUGGUCCUGUUUGAUGUUGGAGUUUUCUUCCCUCAACUGUCUGCCUGCCUGGGUUUAAAGAGGCCAAUCUCCCCAUGUGUGUUAUAUGAAUCUUCUCUAUAACUCGCCAUGUAGAUUUACUGCCAGUUAAUGAAUUAAAGAAAUAAUUGGUGUCCUUUGAACUGUUUUAUUGAGGGAAGGCAUUGUAUCCUCAUCCUUAUACAUAAUCCCUGUUUGAGAUAAACUUUUAGUCACAUUUUGUUUUUAUGUACGCAGUGUAAUAUGAGAGCCACAUCCAAUGUGUCAAAUGUUAAAGGAUUUUAGGUCCAAGUUAGAAAUACAUGUAGCACUAUUUUACAAAGGCUUGCAAUGCGCUUUUGAUAACUACAUUGAUGGAGUACAUGUUCCUCACAUGCUUGCCUUUCUAGUCUUCACUGCAUAUCUAAUAUGUCACAGCUUUAUUUAGAUUGGAUCCGUUGAAUAAGAAUUAUGUAUGUACCUUGGUCCAUUUCUUAUGAUACUGAAUCACUUUGCAGAAAUAGAAAAGUUUAUCAAAUAAAGUUUAUCUGGGGUUGAGGAAUGUUGAUAAUUUUGUGAUAUUUUCUCAUCAUUGGUGACAGAAGUUGCCCUCAGUGUUCCAAGGUUUCAUCAGAUUUCAUCACGUUUUUUCGUCUCUACAUUCUAGACCAUGCUAGGCAUUAAUUAGAUUAGCCUACCUGUAUUUUAAAUUGUAGUACAGAAAGAAUCAUCGUAGGAUACUUCAUCCAAUAAAGAAUUAUUUAUCA